AUGAAGAUCAUUUCCUACCUCCUUCAUUUUCUGUGUUACAUGACCUUCAUUUUACAAGCCACAUGUUCCAUGGUUGAUGAUAAGCGCUGUACCCAACAUUAUGGUCACUGUAGGAGAAACUGUUACAUAACAGAAAAGAAAGUUGAUUUAUGUUUCUCAAUACAUAAGAUCUGCUGCAUAAUGACCUUUGCCGAAGAUUGA